GUCACCACGUGUUGUUUCUUUUUUAUUUUUAGGUUAUAAUCACGCUGUCAUGUUUAUCUGUUUUAUCAGAGACAUUAUUUAAUCAUUUCAUUGUGUUUUUUAACGUGAAAGUGAACAGUGCCGUCGAAUUGUGCAAUUUAUUUGAAGCUGAGUUUGAGCCAUGUCGGUGUCUCGCCUGCUCCUCCACCGGGCCCCCGGCAGCCCUCCAGCCCGCGCCGCGAUGAUGCUCAGCGACAUGCUUGGCCUACAAAUGGAGUAUAACGACGUCAAAUUUCUGCAACUAGAACACAAGUCCCCUGAAUUCAAAAAGUUAAAUCCCAUGGGUACAGUGCCAGUUCUCCAAGAUGGUGACUUCAUUAUUUCUGAAAGCCACGCCAUAAUGAAGUACCUACUAUCUAAGUACGGCGGCGACAAGCGUGAGCUGCUGUACCCGAGCGACGUGCGCACGCGCGCCGUAGUGGACCAGUGCAUGUUCUUCAAUGCCGGCGUGUUCUUCGCUGCUUUUAUGUCAGUCGGGCGAGCAACGUUCACGGGCAGUAUAUACGCGCCGACAGCGCAGCACAUAGAGGAGAUAGAGUCCUCGUACUCCGUGGUGGACGCCUACCUGCAGGCGCGGGCCUACGUGGCCGCCGACCGACUCACGCUGGCCGACCUCGCCGUCGGAGCCACGGCCUCCACCGCGCAGACCUUCAUUAAAACGGAUGUAGAUAAAUUCCCCCGCUGCGCGGACUGGUUGUCUCGUCUACACGAGGAGGAAGUGUUCAAAACUGUGAUGGCGCCCGGCGUCGCUUACUUCGCGAAAGUCAUCAAUAAAAUCUGGCAGCACAAUAACAACACAGUUGGUAUGUCGCCGAUCCUGUACAAGUUGGCGGCGAGUCCGCCGGCGUGCGCCGUGCGCAUGGUGGCGCACAUCAUCGGACUCAAGCUGGACUACAAGGAGCCAGACAUUUCCAAGAUGGAACACAAGUCCCCGGACUACCUGAAGUUGAACCCUUUGGGAACGAUUCCAGUACUAGUCGACGAUGACUUCAUCCUGGCUGACAGCCACGCAAUAAUGAUCUACCUGCUAUCGAAGUACGGCGGAGAGCACAGCGAGCGCCUGUACCCGAGCGACGUCCGCAGGCGGGCCGUCGUCAACCAGGUCAUGUUCUUCGACACCGGGAUACUCUUCGUCAGGAUCAAAGUUGUUGCUCUGCCAACAAUAAUGGAAGGCAUGAAAGCGCCUACACAGAAGCACCUGAAUGACUUGGAGGAGGCCUACGGCAUGGUGGAGGCGUACGCGUCGAAGUACAAGUACAUCGCAGCCGACCACCUCACCAUCGCGGACCUGUCGCUAGCUAUGACCAUGGGAGCGGCACAGGUUAUACACAAACUGGACCAUAAGAAGUUCCCCAACACUUGGAACUGGCUGUCUCUGGUGGAGAAGGAGCCCUACUUCAUACAAAUAGGACUGCCUGGCAUCGCCAAGUUUAACACCGCCAUGCAAUACUACACUGCAAGAAAUAAUCAAUAAAUUUCUAUAUCUUUUUUA